AUGCCGUCCUCCUCGCCGCCAAAAACGGAGGAGGAGGAGAACGAUGAGUACGAGGAGAGAGUAAACUCUUCGGUUUUUUUUCUCGGCCAAUCGUACGCGCGUGUAAGAGUCGAUGGCAAAGGGUGCGAUGAAGAUGAUGAUGAUGAUUUUUGGGGGAAGAUUGUAAAGGAAGAAGGUCGUUUGCUCGCCGUGAGCGUCGAGUGUACACCAUAUACAGCGCCACCGCCACAUCGGGAGGGAUCGUGCCUUUACUACGUGCGCAUUGAAUCUUCAUACGGACACGGGAGAUGGUGUCGACCGAUGCCGAACGUCCUGUGGGUGGAGAUGACAUUUUCGGUGGAAGAUGUUUUAAGGCACAUCGAAGAGAUCGGUUUGAGCGGCGUGGACGAGGAAGACGUGCGCGAGAUGAUUCGAGAGGGGCUGCGAAAGAAGGAGAGAAAAGUGAACGUGGUGGUGGAACGGAGAGGCGGCGUUUCGCUUCAAGGGUUGUCGAACGAUCAGGCGUUGGAUGCGCUCCAUGGAAAAAUUAACAUGUAUUGCGAGAUUGAGUGCGUGAUGAAGGGACAUUCGUUUACGUUGACGCUGCCGCCGACUCCGACGAAUUGGAAUUAUAGCGAUAUUGCUUUAGUAAACGAAAACAUAGAAAACGGGGGAGGAAGCGUAGGGAUGUCAAUGUUUGCGUACAGGGCGAUGAAGGAGCUGGAGGAGUUGAGAGAGGCUGUUCGAAAUACCUCGAACAAUGAAGACGCGAGGAAGAAAGAAGAGAUAUCGCAGAAGUAUUCCAAGGAGUUACCGCCGCCUGAAGCGAAAACGAAAUCGCCAGUGAAAAGAAAAGCGAUGGGAGGUGGGUUUGGCGGCAACGUUAAAAAAAAGAAGUAG